AUGGACGGUCUAACGGAUUCCCUAAGGACGGCAACAAACAUUCUACCAAACUAUUUCACUUUUGUAUUCGCAUCCGCGCCUCAUAACCACAAGUCACCGGUUAUCUCACACUUUGGUCUCAGCGUCAUGGCCAUUAUACCGACGACCAUGGGACACAAAUCUCAAAAACAGACUGAAAACGCCUUGGCAGGUGCCAUCAGUCCGCAUCCUGGCGCAAAAUUCGCGCUUAUUGGAGCUCUGAACGUGUGA